GGCGGUCACCACAGGCGAUUCAAGCUCAGGUCUGUCUGGCUCCUGAACCUGUCCCUUUUCAUCACUACCACAUACUUUUUGGAUAAAUUGAGUUUGCUGCUGCUUUUCAUUAAGAUGGCAGGGCGGAUACCUGGCCAGCACUGAUGCCGUGAGAGGUCUUCAGGGAUGGAGAGUGGCCUGCCUGGUGACAGUACAGGAGAUGAGCUGGUGAUGAAGAUCAAGCAAGAGAAGCCAGAGUGGCUGCUGCAGACACAGGCCGUGCUUCCCGAGAAGGACAAGGAGAACAUUUUCCAGCAGCAACGGGGCCUCCUGCCAUGCCAGACCAUGGGGCGACCUCGGGGUCUGGGGACACAGGAAGAGACUGGGGGUCCAAGGUGGGCUCCUCCCACUGAGCAGGAUGGGCUGCUGGCAGGCCGGGCUCCCGGGGCCGCCCCUGGCCCUCUGAACCCCACAUUUUCUGCUGGAGAGGGUCACUUUGUGUGCGUGGACUGCGGGAAGAGGUUCAGCUGGUGGUCGUCCCUGAAGAUCCACCAGCGCACCCACACCGGAGAAAAGCCGUAUCUCUGCGGUAAGUGCGGCAAGAGCUUCAGCCAGAAACCCAACCUGGCCCGCCACCAGCGGCACCACACGGGCGAGCGGCCCUUCUGCUGCCCGGAGUGUGCAAGGCGCUUUAGCCAGAAGCAGCAUCUACUCAAGCACCAGAAGACCCACUCUCGGCCCGCCACCCAUGCGUGUCCUGAAUGUGAACGUUGCUUCCGCCACCAGGUGGGCCUCCGCAUUCACCAGCGCGCACACGCCCGGGACCGCCAGGGCUCCCGCGCUGGUCUGCAUGAAAUGCUUCGGGAAGCCGCUGUACGACGGGCCUGCCACCUGCGGCCCGGGACACCACGGGGCCGCCCAGAGUGGGCCUGGCUGGGGCUCUGCCAGGGCUGGUGGGGCCAGCAUGGGGCCCGGACCUCCGUCCCUGGCCCCUCGGGGCCCGGAGAACAGCGCCAGUUCAUCUGCAAUGAGUGCGGCAAGAGCUUCACCUGGUGGUCCUCGCUGAACAUCCACCAGCGCAUCCACACGGGCGAGCGGCCCUACGCGUGCCCCGAGUGUGGCCGCCGCUUCAGCCAGAAGCCUAACCUGACGCGGCACUUGCGCAACCACACGGGGGAGCGGCCGCACCCGUGCCUGCACUGUGGCCGCAGCUUCCGCCAGAAGCAGCACCUGCUCAAGCACCUGCGCACGCACCUGCCGGGCGCCCAGGCUGCGGCGUGCCCCAGCUGUGGGCAGAGCUGCCCUAGCCGAGCGGCGCUGCGGGCCCACCAGCGUGCGCACGCCGCUGCCGAGCGCUGCAGCCCUGGGCCUGGCGUCCAGGACCCGGAGCCAGGUGCAGAGCCACAAGCUGAGGCCCCUCAGGACUUGGCUGUGCAGCCCCACAGUCCCCAGACGCCACAGGGGGGUGGGGCCGCGCCGUGGGGCCGGGGGCGCGGGGGCCUGGCCGGGCCCGGGGAGCAGCGCCAGUUCAUCUGUAACGAGUGUGGCAAGAGCUUCUCGUGGUGGUCGGCGCUCACCAUCCAUCAGCGCAUCCACACCGGCGAGCGGCCCUACGCGUGUCCCGACUGCGGCCGCCGCUUCAGCCAGAAGCCCAACUUGACGCGGCACCAGCGCAACCACACGGGCGAGCGGCCCUACCAGUGCUCCGCCUGCGGCCGCGGCUUCCGUCAGAAGCAGCACUUGCUCAAGCACCAGCGCGUCCACCGCGGAGCCUUGUCACCGCACCCUGGCCCCCAGGAGGAGGCGCUGUAGUGCACCGGUGCUGCGCACGGCAGAGGGGAUUGUGUGUGGUGUGUGUGGGGACAGGGAUAGCCUGAAAACUGGCUCUUAACAGGUCCCUCCUGAGACCCCAUCAAAAGGCAGUACCUUGAGGCUCCAAGCCCCAGAGAACAGCAUUCCAGAAGUAUCCCAUUUCCAACGGGUGCCUGAAAAAGUGCCCAGGGUGUGUUGAGGGAGGAAUUAAGAUCAGCACUCCUCACCCAGGAGCCUGGAUGAGUUGAUGAUGGGCUGCUCCCGUCUGUAACAAGAGGUGUACCCCAGCCUUAGGAACCGAAUGAAGGGGCUUUUUGGCACCCUCCAGAGGCGAGAAAUGUUCCCAGGAUUGGUCAGUUGUAGCACUGGCCUGUCACACCUGGGCUGCACCAUGACCAGGGGGCUGUCCCUAUGGUAGAGUAGAGACAGACUCCAGAAUACCAGGAAAGGAGCAGAGGUGGUGGAUAGGAGGGGACAAGCAUAACCCCAGCACCAAAGCUAGUGCCACAUUUAGUGGCAUCCAAUAACUAUUUCUGGAGGGACUGGGGGGCUUGGUCCUUCUCCAACCCUGAGUGAGUGCUGGGUAUGGCUGGCCUGGCCCUUGAACUGGCGUAUGCGUGAUGGUCAGGGACAGGAGUGCAAGUGGAUGAUCUCAGCUGAGAUUUGGCCACUUGGGGAGGUGACUGUGCUGGAGGGAGCCACCAUCUUGCUUCUGCUUCUGUCCCCAAGUGGGUGGGUGGCUGUUACUGACUUGGAUCUUAUCCCUCCUGGGGUUGCAGAAGAGAAAAAUGAAGAACUGAAUAUUCCA